AUGUCACAGAUAGAUGGAGCCAAUGCGCAGGCAAACCAAGAUGGCGGAGGGUUUGUGUUGCCAACAGGAGGUGCGAUUAUGUCGCUUAUUGGAAGUGGCGUAGAAUCUUUUGAUACUGAGGUUGUAGAUUUCAAGGCGAACCCUUUUGUUUGGGCCAACAAUAGUAACAGUGUCACAUCAGGUGUAUCAAAGCUUGAUUUGAAGAUAGAUGGGGCCACUUUAGCUGUCACAAAUCUCAGUGAACCAAUCAGCAUCUACCUUACAAAUCCUACCAAGAUUCAACCAAUUGCAGGAGGCAUUACAAAACUUGCAUGGACAAAUCUUGAAUUCAAUGUUUCAAGCAUGGAUACUUCAAUAACCAUUGUAUUUGAAUGUUCCAAUGCUGCUGACAUUUCUUCAGUCGAUGUAGACGCAACUUUAGAUGUUUAUGUGGGGUCUGAUUUUAACUCAACGCCAGAAAAUUUCACAUACAAAACAGAUGUCAUACUUGGUGAUAUUCUGUCGAGUGAUCAGGGUUUCUAUAGUUUAGUGAUACCUGUUAUGUCACUAAAUGGAACUGGAUCGUAUAGUGCUGCCAUCUUUUUUAAUAGUUCAUUAUCAAACUCAGUUAAUUUCAUCCCAUUGAAUAUCACCCCUGUAGAAUCCAGCUGUAUGUACUGGGACGCUAGCAAUGACACAUGGAGUAGUCUUGGCUGCAAAAUCGGGACGAAAUCAACUUUAACGACCACCCACUGUGAAUGUACCCACCUGACCUCAUUUGGAAGUACAUUUUUCAUCGCUCCUAACAAAAUAAACUUCGCAGAGGAUCUUGCGAAAUUCGCAACAUUCUGGGAAAAUCCUACUGUGAUUAUACUGGUGUCAGGGCUGAUGGGAUUGUAUGGCUUGCUGUGUGUGUGGGCCAGGAGGAAAGACAGAGAGGAUGCUGAAAAGUUAGAAGUGAUAAACUUGGCAGAUAAUGACCCUUUGGCUACAUAUGUCUAUACUGUGUUGGUAAUGACUGGUGCAAGGCGGGGGGCAGGAACAUCAGCCAAUGUGACAUUGACUCUCAUAGGUAGUAAAGAAGAAAGCCUGCCACACUACCUUCACAGUGAUAAGAGGGUUGUAUGCCAACAAAGAGAUGGCGAUGCCUUCCAGGUGCGCUGUACAGAAUUUCUUGGAGACAUCACAGCUGUCAGACUCUGGCACGACAAUAAGGGAGAUAAUCCUUCAUGGUAUGUGAGCAAAGUCCAGGUGGAAGAUAUGCAGACAGGCAAAAUAUGGCAGAUCCUGACAGAUUCAUGGCUAGCUAUUGACAUAGGAGAGGGUGUUUUGGACAAGACAUUCAAAGUGGCAACAAAAAGAGAUAUAAAGGAAUAUGGACGCCUCAUCAGCAGUAGAACUGCAAGUGGCCUAGCUGAUGGUCAUAUUUGGUUCUCUGUGUUCAACAGACCAGCCAGGAGUACAUUCACUCGUGUACAGCGCCUUUCAUGUUGCAUAUCUCUGCUGAUGUGUACCAUGCUUACAAGCAUCAUGUUCUAUGGUAUAUCUGAAGCUGAUCCAUUUGAGCAAAAGCUAGACCUGGGGUCGUUCAAGUUCACAUGGACAGAGGUGCUAAUAGGUAUCCAGUCAAGCAUCUUCAUGUUCCCGAUCAACAUCCUCAUAGUGCAGCUGUUCCGUUUAUCUAAGCCACCCCCUGUGAAGAAAAAAUCUGCCUACGAAACCAUGUCUCGUGCAUCAAUUCAAGUCAGUCAGAUUCGCAGUUUGCGGGCACUUGAAGUGAAACCCACUCAGUCUCAGAUUACAAGGCCUGUAUCUUUAAUGGAGUCCAUUGACAAAUUCAAAUCAAAUGUGAAGUCAAGCUCAGUGCAGCUAACAUCCAAAGUGUCUCAAUUAUUUUCCACACGUGGCGAAAGCGAAACUGACAAAUCUGAAUUUGAUCAACAUAAAGAUGCAGCUAGGACUAUUCACGAGCAAGAGGACGUUGAUCCUAAAGUAAAGGAUUCAUUCAAAUCAUUUGGGAGUACAAGCUCAAAUUGGUAUUCAAAUGUAACACUAUCUGGUUUUUCUUCUGUAGAUGAAUUAAAUGACAGCACCAAGACUGAGCUUGCGGAUAUAAAAGAUGAUCCUCGGACCAUUUCAGAUCCAGUGAUGAAUGACUACGAUAUGAAGGACUUCGAUGAUGUGCGAAAUUCAUUAAUGUCAAUAAGGAAUCUACUUUCCUCCUCUCUACCAUCUAACACUGAUGUUCAUGCAUUAAAAUCGGAUGAAGUUGAUGCAGGAGCCAAGAGGAAAGCUCCAUUAAUCAAUCCCGAGUGUGAAUCUGGUUCUGCUAAAAAUCAUCAAAAAUCCAAAGACCCUGUUGAUGGAGUAUCAAGGAAUAAAUCUGUCACAUUUGGAAUAAUGAGUCUGAUCAAAAGAGUUCAGGCUGAAUCUAUACCAGAUCCAUUUGAGGAUCAGUUUAAAGACUGUUAUGAGGAUAUGAGUGUUAAAGAUAGUGAUGUUCACAUAGAGCUAGGGAAUGGCAGUCAAGGUCGCGUAAAGUCAAGGAAGAAACGAUUUAGAUUUCCAUGGUGGUUCAUCUACAUAGGCUGGGUGCUUGUUAUUCUGACCACCCUCAGCACAGGGUUCUUUAUCAUGUUAUACAGUAUGAGUUAUGGUAGUAAGCGUACUGUUGAGUGGUUAUGCUCUAUAGCUGUAUCGAUUACCCAGAGUGUUUUCUUAGAGCAACCCAUCAAGGUGAUAUGUGUGGCUGUAGUGUUAAGUCUGAUCUUUAAGAAGCCAGAGGAAGAGGAGGAGAUAGAUCUUCAGUACCAGCCACAAUGGACAGUGCCCAAGCAGAAAUACUUGACUGAAAUCUGGCAUGAACGUGUGAUGAACUUGCGCAAAACUGACUCCUGCUACCAGCCCCCACCCCCUAGCUCCAUCACAGAAGCGCAGAAGCGUUUACGCCACAAAGAACGAAUGAAUGCUACUAUCCGUGAGAUUGUAGGUUACGUGAUGUUCCUGUGGAUAUUACUACUGAUCGUGUACGGACAGAAUGACCGCAAGUCCUACCUCAUGAAUAAGAAUAUCAAAGAUACACUCUAUAAACAGAAGUCAUUCAAGUUGCUUAGCAACUAUGAUACUCUAUGGUACUGGAUGAACACUACAUUGUUCGACUUAUUGUAUGAUGAUGAUUUCCCAGGAUUCAUCUCCACCAAGGCAGCCUAUCUGGUGGGAGCUGCCAGACUUCGACAACUCCGUGUCAAACAAGGUGACUGCUUCACAUCAGAUAUCAUAAGUGGACUGAAGUGCAGUGUGGGAUACUCAGAGGAGGCUAUGGAUAAGGGGGCUUAUGGGACAGGAUGGCUUUCCUUGCAACCCAACACAACUGAUGCUGAAUACUCUUCAGUAUGGAAGUAUCACAGUUCUAAAGAACUAGAUAGUUCCAGUCUGAUGGCAUCCUUGGACACUUUAUACAGUGGGUCGGGAUAUAUGGCUGACCUUGGCGUGAGUCGGUUCGAGUCCAUCGCAGCUUUAGACCACCUUCACUCCAAUGGCUGGAUUGAUGACGAUACGAGAGUCUUGUUCGUUGAAUUCAAUGUCUAUAAUGCAAACUUGAAUUUAUUCACAAUCGUGACAACUGUUUUUGAGAUGCCGCAAUAUGGUGGAGUUUUACCUACUUGUAUCGUCAGCACGAUAAAGCUGUAUCGAUACGUACAGACAGUGCAUAUUGCCAUAAUGGCUUGUGAGAUUGCUUAUUGUGUCUAUACGCUAUAUUUCAUCAUAUCUGAGUGCCUAAGAGUGAAACAAUUAAAAUGGAAUUAUUUCAAAACAUUCUGGAACUGGUUGGAGAUAGGAAUUAUACUUCUCUCCAUUGCUGCUAUUACAGUGUAUGUCUUCCGAAGUGUUGAAACAGGACAUGUGGUAUCUGCCUUCAAGAAAAACCCAGGAAUAUUUCAUAGCUUCUACAGAGUGGAUGUGUUAGAAAGUGCCUUGAAUUAUUGCCUCGGUGGAUUAGUCCUUCUGGGAACCAUCAAGUUACUACAUAUGUUGAGAUUCAAUCCCCGUAUGUACUUACUAACUGAGACCAUAAGCAGGGCAUCGGGGGAGAUCGCUUGGUACGUUUUGGCCCUUGUAGUUGUAUUCGUAGCAUUCGGGACGCUGACCACAGACAUCUUCGGUCAAUCUCUCGGAACAUAUCGUAAUAUGUGGUACAGCACCUGUACUCUCUUCACCGUCGUUAUGGGUGAUUUUGACUCAGACAAUGUGCGUUCAUUGAGACAAAACUUAGGGCUACUUAUAAUAGUAAGUUUUGUUUUGGUAAUGCAUGUAUUAGUGUUGAAUGUGAUUGUGACAACCGUGCUAAAUAUGUUGACCUUCGUGCAGCAGCAUAGGCAUCAAUUUCAAAAUGUCGAAGAUGGAGAACUGGUUCAUUUGAUGUAUGAUAACAUAUGCAUGUGGUUAGGUAUCAAACAAAAAAUAGAUAAACCUGUGGAUGUUGUUAGUCACAAUGGGGAUAAUAAAAGUCAUGGUGCAGAUGAUAGUCACAAUGGUAAUAAUAAAAGUCAUGGUGCAAAUGAUAGUCACAAUGGCAAUAGUCAUGUAAAGUGAGACAGAUCAAAAUGUUAUGCACUUUCAGCCCUCUGGUGUCAAAUAUAGACACUUGGGUUCCAAAGAUCUCAUGUUAUUUUUCAAUGUGAAUAGUAAUGUGUUAAAAAGGUUCCAUUGCAGAUUUAUUUCUGUGUCACACCUUGUGGAAUGGUGUUGCAUAGUCAGCGUAUAUAGUAGAUAUACUAUAACAUGAGAUCAGUGUUACAGCUUCAAUAAUGCAUUUAUUGGCAAGGGGUCAUCUCAAAUAUUUUGCACAAAAUCCUAAAUUUCAUUGGCUUCGAGACCACCCUUUGACAAAGUUUUUUUGGAAACUAAAAACUAAAAAAUGAUACUUAUAAAUGUAUUUUUGUAAUUGAAUGGGUUAAUUAAUUAAUUAAUUGAAUAAUGCUCAUAAUGAGUUCAAUUUUGACUUAAAAAGUCAUAUUUAAAUAUUUCAUAGUUAUGCUAUAGUAAACUCACUGUGUGAGUACAGGGGCUGUGCCCUUUAUAAAUUAAUGAAAUAUCCAUUUGACCAACUGAAACAUCAUUUUCACCCACUGAACUUACUCAAUUAAUGCUCCAAAUUCAGUGUGAAUUAUGAUAUGGCAAAAUGUACAUGCAAUACUAUGCAAAGUAUAAGCAAUAGCCUAUUAUGGAAAGUAUAUAUGCAAUAUCAAAUUAAAAACUGUAAACUAUUAGUCUGUAAAAUAGUAAAAAUGCAAUUUGUACGAUUUGAAAAAGUGCUCCCAUAGAGAGGUAUUCAGAAUAGAGAGGACAUGCAUCCAGGUUUUACAGUUUAUAUUUGUUAUCGGCAAAAAUAUGUAUUUUAUUUGUUUAUAUUUAUUUUUAUCAGUCAAGGUUAAUUAUUUAAAAAGUUAGUUUACAAGUGUUACAUACAGAAGGCCUGGGUAAAUGCUUACAUUGUUGGCCUACCUUAAUAUAUACAGGUUAUUAUUUAGUACACGUAUAUUGUGCUAUAUCAGAUUUCAAUAAUGCCUCAUUUAUGUACAUGUAUUGUGUUGUUUUAUGACGUCACACCUAGGAAUGGCGAAAAUAACAGCAAGUUUGGUUAUUUCAUUGACCUAAAUUCCCAAUUCUCUGAACAUUCUUUUCAUUUUUUAUGUUUGAAUUGAAA